AUGAGAUGGCAUAAUGUUGUGCCUGUUCUUAAGCUACUUGAAGAAUCUUCCUCACUUUGGAUUAUCCCUACUCCGUUUUUAAAGCAUCAUUUAUCAUUUCAAAUAGGUUCGAAAGCAUCACCCAAAGGAGUUUUGAUUUCUGAUAUUUCGUUCAUAUGUUUCUUUGUUGUUCCUGGCAUCAGUGUAGCAAGUUCAGUCCUGGAAUCCGAUGGAGUAAUCAAUCUACCGAACCAGACCCAGACACCGUGGAUUUCACAGUUUGCAGGAUAUAUCACAGUAAAUGAAGAGCAUGGAAGGGCACUUUUUUACUGGUUUUUUGAAGCUCAAUCCGAACCAUCUCAGAAACCUCUCCUGCUAUGGCUUAAUGGAGGACCUGGUUGUUCUUCAAUAGCCUAUGGUGCAGCCUCGGAGUUGGGUCCACUAAGAGUUGGUAAAAAUGGUGUUGACCUUGAGUUCAACCAGUUUGCCUGGAACCAAGAGGCCAAUUUGCUGUUUGUAGAAUCUCCGAUUGGAGUUGGAUUCUCGUACACCAAUACAUCUUCGGAUCUCACAAAACUGGAUGAUGCCUUUGUUGCUGAGGAUGCGUAUAAUUUCUUGGUGAAGUGGCUUCAACGAUAUCCGCAGUUCAAAUCUCGUGAUUUCUUCAUCUCAGGAGAGAGUUACGCAGGCCAUUAUGUGCCUCAGCUAGCAGAGCUUGUGUAUGAUAGGAACAAUGACAGAAGUCGAUACCCAUUCAUCAACCUCAAAGGCUUUAUGGUAGAAAAUCCAGUGACCGAUGACAACUACGACUACACUGGUAUUAUGGACUAUGCUUGGAGCCACUCGGUAAUACCAGAUGACCUCUACCGUAAAAGCAAACAAGUGUGUGAUUUCAAGGCUUUAAUUUUGUCCACUGAGUGCAAUGAUGUCGUUAACCAAGUCUUUGACAAAUACUCCGAGAUUGAUAUUUAUAAUAUAUAUGCCCCUAAAUGCCUUUUUAACACUACGUCAUCAUCAACCGCUAAUAAGAAAACAAAUCAUGGGUUAAAGAGAGUGAGGAUCCUUGCAGGAGGUCAUGAUCCAUGUUAUUCUGAAUAUGCAGAAAUGUAUUUCAACAGGCCAGAUGUUCAAAAAUCUAUUCAUGCAGACGCCAGAGGAGUAAAAUGGGAGAGCUGCAAAGAUUCUAUCUUGAAUACAUAUAAUUUUUCUGUCUUUUCUGUACUGCCCACCUACAAGAAGCUCAUCAAAGCAAAUCUGAAGAUAUGGAUGUAUAGUGGGGAUAUGGAUGGAAGAAUACCAGUGAUAAGUUCCAGAUACUGCGUUGAAGCUCUUGGGCUGCCGCUCAAAUCACCGUGGCGUUCUUGGUUCCAUGACCAGCAGGUCGGAGGGAGGAUGGUAGUAUGCGAGGGGUUGACACUGGUGACGGUGAGAGGGGCUGGUCACUUGGUGCCUCGAAACAAACCCAGCCAGGCUCUCGCCUCAUCCAUUCUUUCUUGCUGGUGA